AUGGUCAAACCAAAGAAGAAGCGAGUUGACCUGAACCCACCUCAGUUCUUGAAAGACCGUUGGGUGAUGGGCAGAAAAGAACAAGAUGCUAUGGCUGAAUUGCUCAAAAAGAUGAACUUUGACAAGGAAUCCUUUCUCAACAAGCUCGAGCUGAUCGUUCUGAAGUGCAAGAGUGUUGAAAUCAUCAUUUCCGAAGGAUGGUACUCGGAACGUGAGAUGUCCGAAGACCUUCACUGGUCAAAGACCAAUAAGUAUGAUGGAUUGGCGGAGUACUUUGUAAAGACUCGUGAGUCUCAGAGUCGUUCCGAGAAGUUGACUGAAGAAGAACGCCGCACCAAAAGGAUGGUCCCCGAGGCUGGAGUGGAUGAACCCAUGGCGCCGGUCUGUGGGGCCUUGGACAUCGCGAAAGCUCGUUUGGAAGUGGGGGAGAAAGCUAAAGGAGCUGAACCUCAGACUCGCGAGGUUGACACACAGGUGCCAAAAGGCUUUGGCAGUCGAGGCAAAAGUGAAGUCCAUACCUCAGCAGUUUUGGACUUGAGAAGGGUCCCUUUGUUAGCAUUCAUUCGCAACAGGAACUCGAAGAAGUUCUUCCAGAAGAAAACUGAGAGGGAUGGCGCGGCGUCUGCGGAGCAGGGUGCACGCAAGCGGACCCGAGAGGGUGAUGCUGCUCCCAAACCUGCUCCAAGCUGUGGAUCGGUGAUUGCGGCCCGCAACAUUGUUGCGGACAUUGGUGAAGUUGCUGCUUCUUCUUCGGGAGGUUUGUUGAGGUUCGCUGGCCUCAAUGAAUCCAAUGCAGAGCGGGAUGCCCACAGGUGUUUUGCUCAAUUGGGCCUACGCUUGCCGAUCCCCCUGAUUCAUAUCAAUCUUGAAAAGAAUGAUAGUGUGAAGGGGCUUCAAUUGCAGGAUUGGGCACGCUUUCUGUUGGACCGAAACUGCUGGCACAUUCUAUCUGGACUAAUGAACCCAAACCCAGAUCGUGAAAAAGCAAUCUGGUGCUCAUUCUGGGCAAGAUACCGCGAGACAAACCCAAACCACGAAGUGUUCUCUCUGUUCGAUCGAGGUAUUUUGAAACCAGAGUGCACCGCAGCUAUGACCUAUCAUGGAGACGAAGGCCGUGGCAGAAAGAAACAAGCAUUUUUCGUCACAUCCUUUAAGUCAGUGCUUGGAAGAGGGCUUCAGCCUGCCACUGGCGCUCAGAAAAGGGACCAGUUGCCAAAGCAAUAUUUGAAACAGCGUUGCAACUAUGUCGGUCACGUUUAUAGCACGCAUUUUUUAUCAGCAGUACUUCCGAAGCACUUGUACCGCAAGAAUGAUGAAGCCGUGCAGGACAUUUUUGAGUUUGGGGCUGCUUCGGCUGACUACAUGUCAAAGCAUGGCGUGCAAGACACACGUACUGGAGAAAACUUUUGGAUGGUUCUCAUUGGUGUUACAGGAGACUGGCAGUUUUUGGCCAAAUGCGGCUUGCUGAGCCGUACCUACUAUAGUACGGAGAAGAAUUUGAGAGGAAGGGCUCAGGCAGACCCCCGAGGGGUCUGUCAUCUUUGCCUUGCAGGAAAGCGAGACUUUCCCAUGGAGGAGUUGAGUUCGAGGAAUCCACGUUGGCUGCAAACCUGCUUCCAAGAGAGUGGUUUCAAGACACAGCCGCCGUUUUCCCGUGUGCUUUGGAACCCAAGCCAAGCAGAAGCCUUAUACCACUUUGAUGUGUGGCAUGGGUUUCAUGUUGGAGUUGGCAAGACCUUCAUUUCGUCUACGCUGGCGCUCAUUUCUGACCUGUUCCCAGGAAGCAGCAUCGACGUCCGUUUCGAAAACCUGUCUUCUGACUACCUUGCGUGGCGCAAGAGGGAGGGGCAAACAGCUUUCCUCAGCUACAUCAGCAAAGAUACAAUUUUGUGGAAGAGUCGGAACGAGACACCUAGUGCCCUUUGGUCAAAGGGGGCUGCUACAACAGUGUUGAUGAAAUGGCUGGAAGCCUGGAAUUCAACUGCUGAUCUGUCUGGCGACGUUCUUUACGAGAAACAAGCGAAGGCGUGCCACUUGAUCAACAGUUUUUUUUCAGCGCUGUACGAGGAGGAUGUUUGGAUAGCAGGUGAGACUGCGAUGUAUCUUGGAGAUGCUGGGCUACAAUUCCUGCGGAUCUAUGACCACCUGGCCAAAAUUAGCUACAACCAGGGACGGUCUCUUUAUCCGUUCAUGCCCAAACAUCAUUUGCUCCAUCACAUUUUUUUGCAAGACUUGUGGAUCGCUGGAAAAUCCCAGAGAUGGGUGAUUAACCCUUUGUGCUGGGGAACGCAGCAAGCAGAGGAUUUUAUCGGAAAAGCAUCACGGACUUCACGACGUGUACACCCUUCAAAGGUUUGCGAGCGCACAAUACUCCGUUAUUUGACCAAGGCAUUUGCAGAAUGGCGGAAGCUUAAGUACAUCAUUUCUUGA